CAAGCAAACGUGGAACGCGCCAGUCUCUGAAACGGAUUCGAGCACAUUUAAAAAGAGGCAUUUAUUUUGUUAUUUCGAAAACAAACAACUGCGCUUUGUUGUUUUGGAAGUCAAAAGCUUGCCAAAGUCAAUUUUGAAAAAUGGGCUGCGCCAUAAAAACCAUCAAGAUUAGCUCCAUUGUGCUGAAUGCCAUUUUGGCGCUCCUCGCAGUGGGUGCCAUCGGUUGGAUAGCCUUCAAUGCGGAUACGGAGAGCGAGGAGUUUGUUAUCGCCGCCUACGUGGCCUGCGCGAUAAUUGUGCUGUUCGCCUUUCUGGGCAUAUUUGCGGCCAUACGCGAAUCGGUCUGUCUGACCGCAACGAGUGCUGUGUUCCUGUUGGUGCUGGCCAUACCGCAAAUUGUGAGCACCUGCAUGUUCUUGCAUCAGUCCGAGGUGCAGAGCGCCCAGCAGACCGUGGAGCUGGCCUGGCAGGCGAACAACAUGGACGGACUGCAGCAGAAGUACGAGUGCUGCGGCAAGACCAGCGCCCAGGACUAUGUGCAUCUACGGCAAUCGAUACCGCCCAGCUGCUAUGUGGAUCUGCAGCAGAAGCCGGAGCAUCUGUUUGUCGAGGGCUGCAUCGAGAAGCUGCAGAGCCAUUACGAGAGCGACAAGCGGCGCUUCAUCAUUGUCUCCUGGGUCCUGGUGGCCUUCGAGCUGUUGUGCUUUGCGCUGGCCGUCUUUCUGGCCAUCAGUUUCCGCAACAAGCAGCGGCGCAUGCAAUUUUAAUGGCCAACUGUUGCGGCAGGUGACAAGUACAAAACGGGGAACGGGGAACGGGGAACGAGGCCCGCCCCUCGCUGAGCUGAAGGAUAUUAAGUAUUUGAUUUGUGCUCCGCCUAUUCGAGCACAACUCUUUAUUUCUAAUCAAAAAAAAAACCAAACAAAAAUUAUAUGCAUACAAUUCAUAA